AUUGGUGCUGAAUCGGGAACGCGUGAGUCAGUCUCGUGUGUCCACUAUAGCACUCCAGUGUUUACCUCAGUGGUAGCGAGCAAUACGGCAUGUUAUCAAAUAGUUGCAUGUAACAUUUCCAUCGUUUGUAUAAUUAGUUUUGUAACAUUAGCGCUUCCGCCCAUGAUGGACGCGCUCCUGUCCUGGCUCUUCACCUCGGAGGAAGAGGAGCUGUACGUGUUGGACUGCUUGGCUUACCUGAUAGUUUUCAUGGCAGCCAUCACUUUUGUUACACUGCUUUUCGAAAACGUCCCAUACGGGCGGUAUGCUACCAGCAAAUAUGGAUUCCCAGUUAACGCCCGGUUGGCUUGGUUCAUCCAGGAGCUGCCUGCGAUCCUGGUGCCUGUGUGUCUGGUAGUUUGGACAUCCUCUGCGAAAACCUCCCUGCUGCCCAACCAGCUGCUCAUCGCCAUGUACUUCUGCCACUAUGUCCAGAGGUCCCUUAUUUAUCCAUUUUUAAUCCGAGGAGGUAAACCAACACCAUUCGCCUCAUUUGCCCUGGCCAUAGUUUUCUGCAUGUACAAUGGCUACAUGCAGAUCAGGUACCUGAGCCAUUACGCUGAGUACCCGGCACACUGGGUUACACAUCCAUGCUUCAUUGCAGGGUCUGUACUGUGGUUGUUCGGCUGGCUGGUGAAUGUGCACUCUGACCACAUCCUGAGGAACCUGAGAAAGCCCGGAGAGACCGGUUACAAGAUCCCCACAGGCGGAAUGUUUGAAUAUGUGUCCGGAGCCAACUUCUUAGGAGAGAUAACAGAGUGGGCAGGCUUCGCUCUGGCUGGCCACUCCGUUCACAGUUCAGCUUUUGCCAUAUUUACCACAGUGGUCCUCGCCAGCAGGGCUGUGGCCCAUCACAAAUGGUACCUCGCUAAGUUCGAAGACUAUCCUAAACAUAGGAAGGCACUGAUUCCCUUUCUGUUCUAAAAAGCCCAUGGGCACAGGAAGCCUGAAAAGGCACUGGUUCUUACAAUGGCAGCAAAGAACAUUGCCACAAUGUUUUUUAAUAUAAUAUA